AUGAGGGAUGGAAUUAAAAACGAAAAACUAGCAGUUACUGAUUAUGUAAAAAAAAUGCAACAAGAAGGUCACUGUGACUUUAAAGUUGAAGAUUGUGUUUUUUUUGUAUCAAAACAUCAUGGGUUUAUAGGUGCUUCUCCUGAUGGUCUUGUUACCGAUCCUAGUGUUGAGAAUCCCCUGGGAAUAAUAGAGGUGAAGAAUAUCAUUGUUAAAGACAGUGAAGAUUUAUCAUUAGCUUUAGUAAGAAAAUCAAUAUGCAAAAAAGAUGGGAUGGUUAAUAAGAGGCAUAUGUAUUAUUACCAAAUGCAACAGCAGUUAUAUGUUGUAAACAGAACAUUGUGUGAUUUUGUGGUCAGAGCAAGUAAUGGAGAACUUUAUUGCAAAAGGGUUCCAUAUGAUCCAAAAUGGUGGAUUGAAAAGUUUGCUAAUCUUGAAUUAUUCUAUGAUUCAUACAUUUUGCCAGAAUUGGCCUAUCCUAGACUGAGGGAUGGGCUUGACCGAUAUGAUUUUUCUCAAUAA